AUGGACCUUUCAACAAGGUGCAUUAAGGCAGUGGUAUGCACCGGGCUAUCGCACGAGCAGCGGUCAGUUAUCGACAACCGCUCAAGAAUUGCGUGGACCUUCAACAAGGUGCACACGGGCAGUGGUAUGAAGCACAGGGCUAUCGCACAAGCGGCGAUAGGUUAUCGACAACUGUGUCUCCAGAGACGGACGUUGCAGCGGCCAGGUGUUUGGUGUGCAAGACAUGGUGAAACCAUUGUUGUAUGGUAUUGGAUUGGGCUCAAGUCUUGCGUGGACCUUCAACAAGGUGCACAAGGGCAGUGGUAUGAAGCACAGGGCUAUCGCACAAGCGGCGAUAGGUUAUCGACAACUGUGUUGCAGCGGCCAGGUGUUUGGUGUGCAAGACAUGGUGAAACCGUUGUUGUAUGGUAUUGGAUUGGGCUCAAGUCUUGCGUGGACCUUCAACAAGGCGCACAAGGGCAGUGGUAUGAAGCACAGGGCUAUCGCACAAGCGGCGAUAGGUUAUCGACAACUGUGUUGCAGCGGCCAAGUGUUUGGUGUGCAAGACAUGGUGAAACCGUUGUUGUAUGGUAUUGGAUUGGGCUCAAGUCUUGCGUGGACCUUCAACAAGGCGCACAAGGGCAGUGGUAUGAAGCACAGGGCUAUCGCACAAGCGGCGAUAGUCUUGCGUGGACCUUCAACAAGGUGCACAAGGGCAGUGGUAUGAAGCACAGGGCUAUUGCACAAGCGGCGAUAGGUUAUCGACAACCGUAUCUCCACAGGUGGACGAUGCAGCGACCAGGUGUUUGGCUUGCAAGACAUGGUGACACCGUUGUUGUAUGGUACAAGAUUGGGCUCAAAUGUUGCGUGGACCUCUAA